UCCUGGUGGAGAGCCAUGCUCAGAGAGAAUCCACGGUCACCUGCACAAGCAGGAUGGAAGGACAGAGCCGAGACGGUGAUCAUCGGAGGCGGCUGUGUUGGCGUGAGCCUGGCUUAUCAUCUGGCCAAAGCAGGCAUGAGGGACGUGGUCCUCCUAGAGAAGUCGGAGCUCACAGCUGGCUCCACCUGGCACGCAGCAGGUUUAACCACAUACUUUCAUCCUGGAAUAAACUUGAAGAAAAUACAUUAUGAUAGUAUCAAACUUUAUGAGAAGCUGGAAGAAGAAACUGGACAGGUUGUGGGAUUCCAUCAGCCAGGUAGUAUCAGAAUUGCUACGACUCCUGUAAGGGUGGAUGAAUUUAAAUAUCAAAUGACACGGACUGGCUGGCAUGCAACAGAGCAGUAUAUUAUAGAACCUGAAAAAAUACAAGAGAUGUUCCCUUUACUCAACAUGAACAAGGUUUUAGCUGGACUGUAUAAUCCCGGAGAUGGCCACAUUGAUCCUUAUUCUCUAACGAUGGCGCUGGCUGCUGGGGCUAGGAAAUAUGGGGCUGUGUUAAAGUUUCCUGCACCGGUGACAUCUCUGAAGCUCAGGUCAGAUGGAACAUGGGAUGUGGAAACUCCGCAGGGAGCUGUGAGAGCAAACAGAAUCGUGAAUGCCGCAGGAUUUUGGGCUCGUGAAGUAGGCAAGAUGAUUGGAUUAGAACACCCCCUCAUCCCUGUUCAACAUCAGUAUGUCAUCACGUCAACUAUUCCUGAAGUAAAGGCUUUGAAACGAGAACUCCCUGUGCUUCGUGACCUGGAAGGGUCCUAUUACCUCCGACAGGAAAGGGAUGGACUUUUGUUUGGCCCCUAUGAAAGUCAGGAGAAGAUGAAAGUUCAGGACUCCUGGGUCACCCAUGGCGUUCCUCCAGGUUUUGGAAAGGAACUCUUUGAGUCUGACCUGGACCGAAUCAUGAACCACGUGGAAGCCGCCAUGGAAAUGGUUCCAGUCUUGAAAACAGCUGACAUCAUCAACAUUGUCAAUGGUCCUAUCACCUACUCUCCUGAUAUUCUGCCUAUGGUGGGACCCCAUCAGGGCGUCAGGAACUACUGGGUGGCUAUUGGCUUUGGAUAUGGCAUCAUCCAUGCUGGCGGGGUCGGAAAAUACCUCAGCGAGUGGAUCUUACAGGGAGAGCCACCUUUUGACCUGAUAGAACUGGAUCCCAAUCGCUACGGGAAAUGGACUACAACUCAGUACACGGAGGCCAAAGCCAGAGAAUCAUAUGGAUUCAACAAUAUCGUUGGUUAUCCUAAAGAAGAACGGUUUGCUGGGAGGCCAACUCAGAGAGUCAGCGGGCUCUACGAAACUCUGAGGUCCAAGUGCUCCAUGGGGUUCCACGCAGGCUGGGAGCAGCCGCACUGGUUCUACAAGUCCGCCCAGGACGCUGAGUACAGGCCAAGUUUCCGCCGUACAAACUGGUUUGAGCCGGUGGGCAUUGAGUAUAAACAGGUUAUGCAAAAAGUGGGUGUGAUUGACCUGACACCAUUUGGCAAGUUUACCAUCAAAGGCCAAGACUCCAUUACAUUGUUGGACUAUCUCUUUGCAAAUGUUAUUCCAAAGGUUGGCUUUACAAACAUAAGUCACAUGUUAACGCCAAAAGGUCGAGUGUAUGCGGAGUUGACCGUUUCUCACCAGUCUCCUGGAGAGUUUCUACUGAUAACUGGUUCUGGGUCAGAACUUCACGAUCUUAGAUGGAUUGAAGAAGUAGCAGUCAAAGGUGGAUAUAAUGUUGAAAUUACAAACAGAACUGAUGAGCUUGGAGUCCUUGGAGUUGCAGGGCCAUGUGCAAGAAAGGUCCUGCAGAAACUGACUUCUGAAGAUCUUAGUGAUGAUGUUUUCAAGUUUCUUCAAACCAAAUCCUUAAAAGUUGCCAACAUUCCUGUCACUGCUAUCAGGAUUUCUUAUACUGGUGAGCUGGGAUGGGAGCUGUACCACAAACGAGAAGAUUCUGCAGCGCUUUAUGACUUAAUCAUGAAUGCUGGCCAGGAGGACGGGAUCGACAAUUUUGGAACAUAUGCUCUAAAUGUCUUAAGAUUGGAGAAAGCUUUCAGAGCCUGGGGAUCUGAGAUGAAUUGUGAUACAAACCCCUUGGAAGCUGGACUGGACUAUUUUGUCAAGUUAAAUAAGCCAGCCGACUUCAUAGGAAAGCAAGCACUGCAACAGAUUAAAGCCAAGGGGCUGAAACGGAGGCUGGUCUACCUCACCUUGGCAACGGAUGAUGUGGAUCCGGAGGGAAAUGAAAGCAUCUGGUACAAGGGCAAGGUGGUUGGUAACACCACAUCUGGAGUCUACAGUUACAGCAUCCAAAAGAGUCUGGCUUUUGCUUAUGUGCCUGUUGAGCUAAGUGAAGUGGGACAACAAGUGGAGGUUGAACUACUAGGUAAAAAUUACCCAGCAACCAUCAUACAAGAACCUUUGGUCCUGACAGAACCAGCCAGAAACCGGCUUCAGAAGAAUAGUAGAAAGGACAAAGCCUGACAAAGACCAAUCCCAGUCAUCUGAAUUACAGUCGCUAUAUGAUCCUGUUCCUGGAGGAAUAGGGAAAAUCAAGAAUUUAUUACAAAAUCAUCAAAAGCUAGAUUUAGAAUCUUAACAAAAUCCAUGUCAAUUGUUUACUUGUCAUAAGAUAGAUAAAAUUGUGACUGUGGUUUGUAGUGUUCUUUCAAAUGAAAAGUUUAAGAUGAUAUACUUUUUAUAAUUAAUUGCUAAUUAUUUUAUUAUUAUUGUUUAUGAAACCCAAUUAAUAAGACAUUU